AUGGGACGACGUGCAUCAGACGGGAAGAAGCGGCGGACGGUCGCCGAAGGUGUGGAUAGCAACUCGGCGAUGAACUUGAUGUACAAGUCUGAGUCCCGCAGUAGUUGGGAGCCCGAUUUCGCGGAAGCAGCUCAGCAUGCUAGGGACUGCAUUAGAGGUAACCCACACUGCGUCCAGCGUCUCACGGACCCCCUGUGUCGGUAUCUGGAUAGCCCAGCUGGUGGUGAGCAGCAGCUCCAUCCUGAGUUCCGUCGAGAGAUCGAUGUAUCGAAGAGGAGGGUCUAUCAUCGUCGUGAAAAGGAGGAGAAAUCAACCUUGCAUUGGGGCCAACGUAAGCUCCUCUUGGCAGAGUUGGAGUUCCUGAUGGAAUAUGACUCGAGUAAAGCAGCUGUUGUGGUCUACGUGGGUGCCGGGCCAGGCGACCACAUACCCGUAUUGAUCCGCUUCAUCAAUGCCUAUCGCCACUAUCGUGACUACCAACCUCUCUCGUUUGAGCUCUAUGACUCCACACCCUUCGCUGAGCCCUUGAGGGCAAUGGCAGAGCAAGACCCCGGCUCAGUACGGCUCAUUCAGGACAAGUUCGACCUAGAGCGAGCCCGGAGUAGCCGUUAUCGAGAUGGCAGGACACCCAUAUUGCUUAUGAGUGAUAUUAGAAGCGGUAAUUGGCAAGGGCAGAGCUUUGAGGAAAACGAAAAGAUGGUGAGGGACGACAUGUCGGCCCAGCUGGCCUGGUGGAAGGCUAUGAGACCCCAGAAGGCUCUGAUGAAGUUUAGGUUGCCGUACACAGAAGGUAAGGUUGAGUACGUGUCGGGGAAAGUGUAUUACCCUAUAUGGGGCGCGCAGACCACCACCGAAGCCCGACUAACUAUAGAGUCGCCGGAUGCUCCUAUGAUCGAAUAUGACAAUGGGGAGUUCGGCGAGGCUAUGGCGUAUUUCAAUACGGUCCUCCGCACUGCCGUCUACGAAAGGCCGAGGAAUCUGAAGGGCCCAGACGAGCCCUUCUUGGCAGCCGGCCUUUGUCGCUGUUAUGAUUGCACAGCAGAGACGCGGAUAUUGAGCGCCUACCUGAGGGGCUGUGGGGCGGACGGUUCCAGUACUCGCACUGUGGCUGACUUUUCUACUCAACUGUCGGACCAGAUGGGCCCUCGGACCCUUCUGACGUGUAUACAGAACCCGGCCGAGAGAAAUUCGGCACAGCCUGAGGGGAAAUCUCCGAAACAUAGGAAGGUGGAAGAAGAGAAGGCUGCCGUUGAGGGCGAGGAAGACCCCACGCUUGCUCUAAUGCGGUCCAUGGGUCUCCCGACGGGCUUUGUUGGGGACAAACUAGCCCAGUACGGGGAGGAGGACCAAGACGACUGGUCUGAUGGUGACUCUAUAGGACAGGGUACUGAAUCGGAUGAGCCUUGGAGGCGUUCCACUGGCGGCUCCAGGCAUAUAGACAAAAAGGACCAUCCAGCAGACAACACCCGCGUGCUGCAGGAGAGAAAGUCUCCUGAUGCAGCAGAUUUCAACGCUGCUUGUCAGCACAUGCAGGACUCAGGAAGUAGUCGUAAACCUUCCGAGGAGCAGCCCACUAAGGAAGAACCAACAACAGCAGCAGUUGAGCCUCCAGCCAAUGCAAGCCCUUCAACUACAGCAGCUGAGUACACCCCUAGGAAGUCGCCGUCGACGAGCAGCUCCAGCGAGGCGCUCACGCCAGGAACUAUACUAUUGAGGGAGUACACUAGGCAUUUCUCAUUCAAUCCUGGCCUUCUUGAUCACUCUACCUAUUGGUCCGACUCCAGUUUGGCCAACCUUUGCUUGAAGCUGCGUCUACCGGCUACUGGCUCGAGAGAAGAGAUCAUCGGCCGUCUCCGUAUGUGGCAUGCUACACAUAACCCCAACGGGCCUACCCCGGGGGUGCCCUCCUAUCGCGCUACUCGUGGCCACUUCUGCCUUGUCGCUGUCAAGGAAGGUUUAGUCGCGGAAAAGUUCAAGAGUCCCUUUAAGCGGAAAGCUGGAAGUGCGUCAAAGCCCAUCUUGAGGAAAGUAUCGUCGUAUAGUCCCACGUCAUUCGCUACUACUGAAACCUUGUUACCGGUCGUCGAGUCCCCAAAGGCAUCCAGUAGACCUGACCUCAGCAGUCCACAAGGCGGUCGCCUCUCUCCAUGCAAGGAACGUCGUCGCAGUAUUUGUCCUCCAAUUGAUGUAACGGACUCGGAAGGAGAGUUCUCUAAUGACCAGAGAAGCUCUACCCACAGCAUGCCCCCGAAGCACGACUGCGCAGUAGAUCAAUCAACACCGGCCAGGCAUGUUCGCGGCGGCCCUGCUUCUGAAGCCUCAACGAAGCGUAAACGCCGCAGAGUACAAUUCUCCCCGUUCAACGAGGUACAGUUGAUGUCACCAAGACGUCUCCUGCCUGCCCUCUCCCGCAAACGCUUAAUGUUCGAAGCGGUUCCUGAGGAAGACCCGUUUGCCGAGACCGCCCAUAUUCCUGUUGAAGAGUGCCAGUAG